AUGGCUGCUGCGAACGGCGACUCAGCCUCCAUUCUCUGUGCCACGACGCCGACGAUGCGCCACAUGAUGAAGAUCCAAGGCUACUCGUGGAUGAGGAAGAGCAACCCCAACAGCUUCUACCCCAGCGGCACCACCCCGGAAACCACCGGUUUCGUGUCUGUCAAGGCCGUCCUCGACGCCGCCAUCAAGGCCGUGGUUGAGUUCGACAUGCUCGACCACCACGCCAACCCGGUGCCGCGCUACGCUAGGACCAGCGGCGAGGUGCGCGACUUGGUGGGCGCCGACGCCUACUGGAGCUGCGACGACUUGGUCGAGAGGGCCGACCUGGAGCGCCACCUCCUCAAGGACGACUGCUUCACGGUCAUCGAGGUCCUCGCAUAUAUAUGA